UCCUCGUCAUCCCGUCCGUGGGUGGAACCUCAAAAUUUCCCAAAAAUCGAAUAAAAACCCUAAAUAAAUCCCAAUUCAGUAUCAGCCAUGGACUCGCUCCAAGACAAUUAUAGACAAGAGGACGAGGAAGAAGACGAAGCCAUGGUCAACGCGGCAACUACAACUGCCGAGGUGGAAGACGACAGUAAUCUCCAAAACGGAAAUGGAUAUCAAGACACUGAACCAUUAAACGACACUGAAAGCCAAGACGACGUUGAACCUCAAUGCGAAAACAAAGACCCUUCCGUUCUCUCCAGCUCCGAUUCCCUCUCAGAUGAUGCCCCUACCCCAUCUGACGACACAGAGAAGCCGCUGAGAUCCCCCAAGUUGGAGAUCGAGGACGACGAGGAUUAUGACACUGAACCACCCCCGAAGAAGCAGAAACCACUCUUAUCUUUCCAUGAACCGUCAACAUUGUCAAUCAACGACCCCACAAGUGAAACUCUGUCGGCGACAAUAGCUGCAAGGGCCACUACGCCGGCAACGAUAGGGUCUAAUGGAACGAAGAAAUCUAAAAAGAAGAAGAACAACAAUGUUUGGGUCUCACGGACGAUUCGGAAGGGCAAGAAGAGAACCAAACUGAACCCUCAAAAUCCCCCAGCUGAGGACGCGGUUAUGAUCACUCCAGUACCGAGACUGGCGGACAAGAGUGAUGAUGGCCUGGAGAUGAGCAUCUGCUUGUCUAAGGUUUAUAAAGCAGAGAAGGUGGAACUGAGCGAGGACCGGAUGAGUGCUGGAAGCAGUAAAGGGUAUCGCAUGGUGCGGACUACCAGAGGGGUGUCCGAGGGUGCGUGGUAUUUUGAGAUAAAGGUGGUGAGUUUGGGGCCGACGGGGCACUCACGACUUGGGUGGUCGACAGAGAAAGGAGACCUGCAGGCUCCGGUUGGCUACGAUGGGAAUAGUUUUGGGUACAGGGACAUGGAUGGUAGUAAGGUGCAUAAGGCAUUGAGGGAGAAGUAUGGGGACGAAGGGUAUGAGGAGGGAGAUGUCAUAGGGUUUUAUAUCAAUUUACCGGAUGGGAACCUGUAUGCACCCAAGCCACCCCAUUUGGUUAUGUAUAAGGGCCAGAAGUAUUAUGUCGCAGCAGAUGCUAAGGAGGAUCCGCCUAAAGUAGUUCCAGGAAGUGAGCUAUCUUUCUUUAAAAAUGGUAUAUGCCAAGGAGUAGCUUUCAAGGAUUUAUAUGGUGGCCGUUACUAUCCUGCUGCUUCAAUGUAUACUCUUCCUGAUCAACCAAAUUGUGCAGUUAAGUUUAUCUUUGGUCCUGACUUUGAAUUCUUUCCUGAGGACUUUAAUGGCCGUCCAGUCCCUAGGCCCAUGGUUGAAGUUCCUUAUCAGGGAUUUGAUAGCCGGCUUGAAAAUGGUGCAUCUCAAGAGACAAAGCAGUAGCCAGUGGGGAAUUUUCUAGCUUAUUAUUGAGUAUCUGCAUUAAUAGGAGACCAAGCUGAGUUUUGCCUUGUAUUUUAGUUUUGAAUGCUGUUCUAUUAUGAAAGAAAUUAAAGUUAUGCAAACUUGGUUUUCUUUGAAAGAGAGAAUUUGAUUUCCUGCUAAUGAAAUGUAAAGCUGUCGCAUCUGCCCAAUCUUGGGCACCAUUUCAAUGGUCUGUUCAUUAGUUUAUUAUGAAGUGUUUCAGAAACUAUUACCUAUCUACAACAUUUUGCUUCUUUUGCUUGCCA